CACCAAUCAGGGUCUUGGAAGAUCAGGAGUCUUAAAGAAUCGCUUAAAUUUGUAAUAUUUUUUAUAAGAUAUUCGUUAAUAACUAAUAAAUAAUUAACGUAAAUUGAAUGGUUUAUUAUUACAGUAAUUCUUAAUUGUUAUGGAAGUAUUUACUUUUAAUGGUAUUCCAUUUAUUGGGAGACGUUGUUUUUAUUAUAAUAAUUAAAGCUCCAACCCAGCCCAAGUUAUACUUUCAACUGAAAAAGUUUAGUUCCUCACAGAGUUUCAAGUUGUAUUUUGAAAGACUACGUUUUACUAUCAGUGAAUGAAUGUUUUAAUACGCUAAUUAUCAUGGUGAGAGGAAGGAGAAAAACUAAAACUGUCAAUAACAAGUGUAAAGUUUCUAGUGAAGGAGAGGAUGGUGGCAAUGCUUCAAAAUCUGAAUUUCAAGGAAAGUUAUCCCAUAAUCCCACAUCUCCUGCCAGGAUAACACGCUUCUUCCCACCGCAGGUGCCUAAAACUGUAUCAAGUUGUCAACCUUUGUCUCCUCCAGCGAUGCCUAUUGUGAUUGGCAGGACUUCUCCACGUAGGCAUGCCAGUACCAUGUCGGUCUUACAACAAGCCAAUUGUGUUUUGAAUAGCCGAAAUGAGGAUAAAACUCAGAACAGCCCUAGCCCUCAUAAAAUUGAACUGCAUUCUCCUCCACCAUUGUCUUCAAGUGCACUUCAUAGAUUCACUUUCCAGUGUCCAAAGAAAAACACCAAAUCAAGAAAAAAGUUAGUAUCAUUAUAUCCGACUCAUCCUGUGAAACCUUUGGGAUCUCCAUUGAGCAGUAGGUCAGUGAACAAUAACCACAAACUCACAGAAUAUUUCCCUGUCCGCCGGAGUGUACGCAAGACUAAGAAAACUGUCUUGGAAGAAAAGCAGAAAUGUCUGCAAGAAGCUGUCCUAGCUAAGCAGGAAGAUGGACUGGAGGUGCACAUGUUCGAAGGAAAAGGCCGAGGUAUUGUUGCUGUUCAGCCAUUUUACCGCGGUCAGUUUGUGGUUGAGUACGCGGGAGAACUGAUCACCAGUGACGAGGCCCGGGAGAGGGAACAGCUCUAUGCACAAGACCAGAACACAGGCUGCUACAUGUAUUAUUUCAAACACCACAAUGUUCAAUAUUGUGUUGACGCAACAGCAGAAUCUGAUCGACUGGGUCGAUUAGUAAAUCAUUCUCGCAAUGGAAAUUUGACAACCAAAACGGUUGUGAUUGAGAAUAUACCUCACUUGGUGUUGAUCGCUAAGGAGGACAUUCAGCCUGGUGAAGAAGUCACUUACGACUAUGGAGACCGAAGUAAAGAAUCACUACAGUACCACCCGUGGUUAGCCACAUAAUAAGUCUGAUAUACUCCAAGUUCUACAUUUUGAGUUUUAAAUAUAAGAUCUCAGUUGUAAGUUUAGGUGGUUUGACUGAAUCAAGAACUACUUUAAACAUUUUAGAUUGAAAUUUAUUAAUAUAUUUUUAAACAUUGUGUUUGUAUAAAUUUUUAGUUUAUUAAGAUGAACAGUAAAAUGUAUGAAAAUGGUGAGAGAUUAUCACAAGAACCUACCUAUUAUUUUUAAGAUUGGGUUGUGAUAAUCAUGUCUUCGUCACGAGCUUUCAGGGUCAUCGUAACUUUCACCAAACAUUGUAAAGAAAUUGGAUAUGCAAGGACAAACAUUUUUGAAUAGACAAGAUGUAAUUGAUGUAAUAAUGUUUGGCUAAAAUUCAAAAUGUAUGUAAUGUAGAAAUGUUUUUUCACCGAUAAUAUACAAAACUUACACAACCGUAAUAAAAUCCCAAUAAAUAAGAUGUGCUGACAUUUACAAAUAAAUAAAUCUGUUUUGGAUUGCUAUUGUCCUGGUUUUUAACAUAUUUUAAAAUGUUACUGAAUACAUAAAAAUACAGUUGAACUUUUCUUUUGUUAGCUGUCAUCAUUACGCUUUUAUUUUUUUUAUUUCUAUAUAUGAACUACCUUUUGUUGUAUAGUAAUUGGCAAUUUUUUUUUUUUUUUUUUUUUUUUUCAUUUAAAACUCUGUUUCCGAGCUAAAUAAGAAACUAAUAGUCAAUCAAUUAAAAGAUAUACAAAGUUUGCUGAGGGAAUUAUCUCCGCAGAAAUGCUCUUUUUAAGAUAUGUGUAUUUUGUCUAGUUCAUUGUGUCCAAAAGUUUUCUUUGUUUUCCUCCUUACAAGUUUGGAAAAUGUGACUUUUAUUAUUAUAGUACAUUUUAUUAAAAUAUGGUUUUAUGUGAGACAGGAAAUAACUUGUUUUGUGUGUAGCUUUUGGUCAGUUAAAUCUGUGAACAUAAACAAUGGCCAACAGUACUGUAGAUGGAUCUUACAUUCAAAACAAAGGAAUCAUACUUUCGUGUACAUUUCAGUGUGAAGAAUAUAAUAUUUUGAUAAAUAAAUUGUGUUUCUUCAAGAUACAAUCAGAGAACAAUCUGUAAUGGCUAUACACAUGACAUGUAAUUUCUCUUAUUUAUGUGAAAAUAUGUAAUCAUUAAUAACCACUUGGAGAUUUUAAUACAUAAUAAUAAUUUCUUGUUUUAUACAUUUUAUUUGCUAGGAUGUUUGAAAGUUGCAAUGAAUAUUUCAAGGCAAAUGUUUUCAGCAAAAUGUUUGUUUGUUAUGCUAUUACUGAUUUUUUUUUACUCUGUAUAAUGAACUUUUUAACCAGGAACUACUUUAUUUUGACAAUAAUUGUUAAUUAUAAAACAAAAAAUCUGUGAGUUUAAAAAAGGAGGUAGUGUAUUACUUUCUUUAAGCAGCCAUGUUAUAUUCCUUUCAAAAUAUCUUGAAAAUAUUCUGCUUUUAUUGAAUUGUGAAGAUUAAAUUUGUAUGAAAUGCACAUUUCUAUUACAUGAGUUAUUUGAGUACAUAUCAUUAGUUUAACAUUUGUGAGGGCAAGAGGGCUUUUCUAUUAGAAUUGUAUUUUUAAUAUACGACUAAAAUGUACUGUGACCUCUUGUGCAAAGAAGGAAAAUAUUUACAUACCCGAUUGUAAUUAUCAUACAUUUUUAUUUCAUAAACGUGUUCGAGAAGUAUCUCAAAUCUAUUCAGAUUAAAAAAUAAACCUUUCCAUUUAAAAGAUUGUUUAAACAACAAUAGUUACACCAAACCUUUGUUACACAUCAAUAAAAUUCUUUAAACAUAAGAAAGAACAGUGUUAAAAUACUUAAAAAUAUACUUCACUUGUUCUAUAUGUAGGCAAGGUGUUUUGUGAGGUUAUAACUUAAUUUUAUCUGUGAGUAUAUAACCUUUAAGAUACAUAACAGAUAAGAUUAACCAUAUACAUAUAUAAAUUAAUUUUUUACUUCAUGAAGCACUUAUUUUAUGGAAAUAAAUUUUAUUUUGAGUCUUGUCUCCCAUACAAAAUUUUUGAAAAAUUUGAGAAUUUUCAUUUUUACAAUUUUACAGUAAGUCUAAUUGUAUUAUAUUUAUUUUUAAGAAUUUUUGUUGUUUUACUUGUGAUUUUAAUGUUUUAUAAAGUAAAGGACAUGUUUAUAAUAAUUAGAAUACUACAACUACACAAGGCACUUGUCAAGUGUUCAAAUUCCAUCACACUCUAUUGAAAUUUAUUGUAAAAGGACAUAUUGUGUCUAAACAGUGGACACAGACUACGUGUUUGAAUAAUAUUUCUUAUUUAAACAAGUGAAGUUCAUUCAUCUGAAAUGAGCAAAUAUCUACUUAAUUGCAGCUUACGGCUAGAACAUUUAUCUGUAAACUACUGUAUUCUUAUUUUUUGAGUCAAAUACAUAAGAAUUUGAAUCAAAACUAAUAAAAUGUUAAGGAAACUGA